AUGAACAAACUGUUCAAGGAUUUGUUAGACGUUUGCGUCAUCAUCUAUCUAGAUGACAUCCUGAUUUACUCAAAGGAUAACGCGUCUCACACUCAACAUGUCCACAAGGUCUUACGCCGUCUAAUGGAGAACCAACUGUUCUGCAAGGCAUCAAAAUGCACAUUCCAUGUCACAUCCGUGGAGUAUUUGGGAAUCAUUGUGUCAGAUAAGGGUUUCAGUCUGGACAAGCUAAAAAUCCAGGCUGUACAAGAGUGGCCGGUCCCCACAAAAGUCAAAGAAGUACAAUCAUUCCUGGGAUUUGCCAACUUCCUCCGCCAAUUUGUUGCCAACUUCAGCCACCUUGCCAGACCCUUGCACAACCUGGUCAAGAAGGAUUCAAUUUGGAAAUGGGGUACCAGGGAACAGGAAGCCUUCCAAGGUCUGAAGGACGCCAUUACAAACGCUCCGGUACUCUGUCACGCAGACCCUGUCAAACCUUAUCUCUUGGAAACAGAUGCCUCGGGAGCAGCGCUAGGGUCCAUACUCAGUCAGCGCCAAGAAGAUGGACAGUUACAUCCACUAGGUUUCCUGUUGGAAUCAUUCAAGGGAGCAGAGCUAAACUAUGAUACGCACAACAAAGAACUACUUGUGAUCAUCCGUUCCUUUGAAUACUGGCGUAUCUUCCUGGAGGGCACCAAACACCCAAUCACAUACUGGAAAGAGUCCCAAACCUUCAACCGCCGCCAUGCACAAUGGCACUUACUCCUUGCUGGCUAUAACUUCCAAAUUGUGUACUGCCCAGGCAAACAAUCCGGCAAACCAGAUGCCCUAUCCUGCCAAGCCAACCACGCCAACAUCCCCCCUGCCAACCAGACCAUGUUGCCAGCACCCGUAUUUGCUAAUGUUGCCAUAGUCAUACCCAAGAAGGAACUCCAGCGCCAGAUCAAAGCUGCACUGGACCAGGACAAGUCUUUAGAGGAAAUACUCCAAUUCCUCCAAAACAAAUCCAAGGCUCCUCCAUCCAUCAAACGGGCCUUCAAGGAUUACAAAAUGGAAGCAGGACUAUUGUUCUACCAAGGGCGCAUUGUGGUACCCAACAUGGGCACCCUAAGGACGGAUUUGCUCCAAAUUUUCCAUGAUAGCCCCUUGGCAGGGCAUCCAGGGAGGCAACGCACAUUGGAACUGGUAUCAAGAGAUUAUUACUGGCCCGGGAUCCGUGCUGACACCUACUGGCACGUGGACUCCUGCAAGACAUGCCAGCAAAUAAGGAAGCCCAAGUACGCGUCUAUACUGCCACAGCCACUAGAACUACCCACCAGACCAUGGCAGCAUGUGUCCUACAACAUGAUUGUGGAUUUACCAAGGGACAGGGGUCAUGACUCAAUUCUGGUCAUCAUUGAUAGUUUCACCAAGUAUGGGAUAUUUGUCAAAUGUUCCAAGAAGUUAAAAGCACCCAAACUGGCGGAACUAUUCCUGGAACAUGUGUGGAAACAGCAUGGAAUGCCGGAGAAAACAGUCUCAGACAGAGGACGGGUCUUCAACAACAAAUUCCUGAAGGCGCUGUACAAACGCCUGGGUAUAGACCCUCACUUCUCCUUGGCAUACCACCCCCAGAGCAACAGCCAAACAGAGCAGGUUAACCCAUCAAUAGAACAUUUCCUUAGGGCAUAUUCCAGGGUUAACCAAAGAGACUGGACCAGAUGGCUCCCCAUGGCAGAGUUUGCAUACAACAAUGCUGUACACAGCAGCACGGGCAAAACUCCUUUCAAGGCCUUGUAUGGAUGGGAACCUACCUUAACCCCGUCCAAUGUGCCAACGGACGUCCCGGAAGCAGAUGAUCUUGCCCAGACAAUGGAGGCACAGUGGAAAGAAGUAGAAUUGGCACUUUGGCAAUCCAAGCAACAAAUGACGGCCGGGGAGAGCAGGAGCCCAACAAAAUUCAAGAUCAGAGAGGAAGUUUGGCUAGACGCCAAAAAUGUUAACCUCAAAACCCUGAGUCCCAAGCUAAUGGAACAACGCCUGGGGCCAUUCAAAGUUGUUGAGAAGAUCUCCAACCGGGCUUACCGCCUAGAGCUCCCGCCAACCAUGCAAAUUCACAACAUCUUCUAUGUAGGACUCCUAUCUAAAGUCAAAAGGGACAAGAAGCGUGCCUUCAAAAGCCACCCUCCACCAGUCACUGUGGACGGAGAAGAAGAGUACAAGGUGGAAGGGAUCACCAACGCCAAAGAAAGGAACGGGAAAUGGUUUUUCCAAGUCAAAUGGAAGGGAAAAGUACAAAAAGACAUGAAAAAGAAGGCCCUUGGCGCUGCCAAGGCCCUUAGAGGGGGGGCAGUGUUGUAG